AUUGGAGGUCAGAACUAUAUAAGAGAGAGGGACACAGGUCAUAAGGACCUUGCUGUAGUCGGGGAGUACAAGAGAAGCAUACGCAACUGAACUCAAGCAAAAAGUGUGUCAAGAUUUGAACAAUCAUCAUGGCAGACGGUUCAAAAGUUUUUAAGAAGACCAGCUCUGACAGCAAGUUAUCCAUCUACCUUGCAAAACGAGACUAUGUGGACCAUGUUGAAUUUGUGGAACCUGUAGAAGGAGUAAUUCUGAUUGAUCCUGAAUAUCAGAAAGACAAAAAAGUUUUUGUGACAUUGACCUGUGCUUUUCGCUAUGGUCGGGAUGACAUGGAACUCAUUGGUUUGAGCUUCAGGAAGGAUUUGUACGUUCUGUCCUGUCAAGUAUACCCACUUCGUCCAGAAGAUCAAAAGCCUCUCAGCCCCCUUCAAGAAAAACUUAAAGCAAAGCUAGGAGUGAACUCCUUCCCCUUCAGUUUUAAUAUUGCCAAGAAUUUACCAUGUUCUGUGACGCUACAACCAGGGGCAGAAGAUUCUGGGAAGGCCUGUGGGGUGGACUAUGAGGUGAAAGGAUUCUGGGCAGACAAUGUGGAGGAGAAAGUCCACAAAAGGAAUUCUGUAAGCCUCAUUAUUAGGAAGGUUCAAUAUGCUCCUGAGAUCUCUGGACCGGCCCCAAAAGCAGAUACCACACGUCAGUUCAUGAUGUCUGAUCGACCAUUGCAGCUGGAAGCCUCACUAGAAAAAGAGAUAUACUACCAUGGGGAGCCAAUCAAUGUUAAUGUGAAAAUCAACAAUACAACCAGCAAGAUUGUGAAAAAGAUCAAGAUUACAGUGGAGCAAGUGACCGAUGUUGUGCUUUAUUCAUUGGACAAGUACACCAAGACAGUAUGCAGUGAAGAGAUCAAUGAUACAGUUGCAGCAAAUUCAACAUUAUCCAGAACAUACUCUGUGACUCCAUUUUUAGCUGAUAACCGGCAGAAGAGAGGCCUGGCCUUGGAUGGCAAAUUGAAGCAUGGGGACACCAACUUGGCUUCAUCCACAAUCCUGCGCCCAGGCAUGGACAAGGAAGUGAUGGGAAUUUUGGUAUCUUAUAAAGUCCGAAUUAAUUUGAUGGUGGCCAGAGGAGGCAUUCUGGGUGACCUAACAUCAAGUGACGUUUUUGUGGAUCUUCCGCUUAUAUUGAUGCAUCCCAAACCAUCUGAGAGUAAUGCAGAGGAUGUGGUAAUUGAAGAAUUCGCUCGCCACCAGCUGGAAGGAGGUGAUGAUGAAGAAGAGAAAGAGGAAACAGAAAGCUGAAGUGACCACAACACUAAUCCAUAAAAAAUUAACAAAUCAUUCUCAAAAAUACAGUAACAAUUUUCACGCAAUUUGUAAUCUUUCAGUGUCAGUGGAUACACUAGCAUCCUACUCAUCAUUUCCAUUUGUUUGAAUCAGUGUCUGUGUUGUUGCAUUACCUGUGAUCCCAGUGAAAUUGCCAUAUACUCCUAAAUCAAUAAAAUACUCAAACAUU